GCAUGCAUAAAUGUAGGCCGUUAUUGUUUAUGGGCCAAAACCCAAGUAGGACCCAUUCCACGAAUACCCUUUGUUGUUCAUGAUGUGCAAGAUCCAGUACUAGAAGAAGGAUGUUGGGGCUGA